GGAGAGACCCAUGCGUUUCUGUCCAGCCUGGACCGGUGAUCGGGGUGGGGAGGGGGGCAGGCAGAACAAGUUCUGCCUGCCAGGGAGGUAGGUGCCUCCUGCUUCUGUUGUGACCAGGGAACUCGCAGGCGUUACCUCCAUGCAUCCCAAGUGGGAUAGAAAGCAAAACUGAUUCAGAAGCUGUGAGGACCUGCGUCGGGUGAUGGGGGUCAGAAGGUCACGCGUGUACGGGCUGUGUCCUAGAUACGCAGGUGGGGGUGCCCAGGACUCCCUGUUCUAGGGAGCACGGUGUGACGGGCAGGAGGUGGAGGGACAGUGUCUGCAGCCACACGGGGCCGGGAUAGUGGCAUCUGCACGAAGCUCCUGCCAGUCGGCCGUGCUUGUGUUGGGGACGUGAAGGUGACAGCAGCCUCACGGGAGCAUCACGGCACAUCUCGCACCGAAACACGGGCUGGAACCCUUAGGGAUGACAAAAAACAAACGCCAGAGACCAAACUUGGGCUGAAAGGGGACCCCGGGCCACCAGGGCUAGUUCCCUGAGCCCACUGCCGCGUCUGCCCGGUAGGGGAGGACGGUGUUCCGUCCCGCGGACUCAGUCCGGAGGGUCAGCUACAGCAUCGAGGAGUCGAUGCGGACCCGGCUCAGAUUUGGUGGGGGUGUCACGUCAUCCAGAGAGAGUGACGUCAGGACAGGCGCGAAAGGCAAGAGAUGGCUGUCAGCGGGGUGGGGAGAUGCGGUUCCAGCAUGAGGAAAUAGCCCAAGGAAGGUCGAGAACGGGAGGAGUCCAGAAACCUGUGUGCCUGUGGUGCGUGUGUGCUGCACGUGUGUGUCACGUGUGUGUGGUGUGUGCGUGUCUGGGGAAGGUGGUGUCUCCACGGCUGUUUGUGCACACACGGAGCCCACAUUCACUGUGCCCGUUUCGCCCCAGAAGGAGACAGGAAGCGCCGCAUUUGUUGGGAGCCGUGUUUGGUUGUGGGUUUUGACCUGAUGUGCUCCCCCAGGAGCUAAGGGUCGAGCCAGAAGAGACGCGCUCUGCCGUUCGCACAGACUGCAGACCAGGUGAGGGGAGCGCAUGGUUUGGUGAAUGGAGGCGUGUGAACCCAGCGCCUGCCGCGGGAGGGGCCCGGGACGAGGCUGUCCCGCUGCCGCCCGCCCGUGCUCCCUCCAGAACGCCUCAGCCGCACGAGCCUGCGUGACCGCGGAGCCCGCAGGGACGGACCGCAGCCGCGCCUGCCCCGGCUGCUCCCCGUAGCUGUAGAUGGAUCUGUGCAGCAGGAGCUGGAGAUGGGUCGUCCCAGAAGCCAAGGGCAAGCAGGCCCCGCCCCCCCGCCUGUCGCGAGUGAACGGCUGGUCGAGGCCCCUGCACUCCUUCCAGGUGGUGGCCUGGGCCAUGCUCUUCAUCGUGGCCGUUGCCAACUUCGGCAUCUUCAUUCCUUUCCUGCCACGUAGUUGGAAGUACGUCGCCUACGGUGUGACCGGCGGGCUCUUCUCUCUCCACUUCUUAGUCCACUUGAUUGCAGUUUCCAUCGACCCGGCCGAAGCCAACGUCCGGCUCAAGAAGAACUACCCGGAGCCUAUGCCGACCUUCGACCGGUCCAAACACACGCACGUGGUCCAGAAGCAGUACUGCCACCUGUGCGAGGUCACCGUGAGCUCAAAAGCCAAACACUGCAGCGCCUGCAACAAGUGUGUCUCUGGCUUUGACCACCACUGCAAAUGGCUCAACAACUGUGUGGGGAGCAGGAAUUACUGGUACUUCUUCCUCUCUGUGGCCUCCGCCGCGGCCGUGCUGCUCUGCCUGAUUGUCACCCUGCUGUACAUCUUCAUCCAAUUCUUCACUGACCCGGCGGAGCUCCGCACACACCCCUACUACAAAAAGGUCUCCAAUAAGAACACCUGGCUGCUGUUCCUCCCCCUUUUCCCUGUAAAGACGAAGACCCCAGUGGUCCUGGGCAUUGGGGUGUUCGUGAUGCUGCUGGACGUCAUCAGCCUCCUGCUGCUCGGGCACCUGCUUCUCUUCCACCUCUACCUAAUGGCCAAGAAGUUGAGCACGUAUGAUUACAUGACACAGGGCCGCCAGCAACAGACUCCGCAAGCUUCAGCAGAGAAGGAAGAGCUGUCCUUCCAAAUAAGAUACCCACAGCAAGCAGAUAACGACCAGAGUUCAUCUGAACACAGAGAGAUGCUCCAGCCACUCCGGAAGUGCCCAAGUCCCUGUUCCACCACUGCCAUACACCCAGAGAAUUCCUUGCUGCCAACGCAGGCAGAAGACGACCAGAGCUCAUCCACACAGAGAGUGACGUCCAAGGAGCUCCUGCUGCCAGAUCUGCACCCGUGUCAGUCAUCCGCCCCCCUAUGCCCAGAGAAUGUGUGGCUAAAGGACACAGACAGCAGGCCAACUUCGUCUUCUGCACUUGGCAGACCCAGGCGGAAGGUGCUCCAGUCUCUGUCCAGGUCCUCAAGCCUGAUCUCUACCACUACCGCCGGCCCGGAGAGUGCCCUGUCGCUGAAGGGUUCAAAGGACCAACGAGAAACAAGGCAGCCUGUGAGAGGAGAAGGAGCCGAGGAGCCAGCGCUGGCCAAAGGCCCUCCCCAGAAGCCCUCCUCCUUGGAGGUCCCGGCCUGGGAGUCGGACCUGGAGACCUUCAUGCUCCUGUACGUGCUGCCAUGUGGCAGCCAGAACACGCUGUCCCAGGAGGACGCCCGCUCGCGGAGCCCGCAGGCCCAGGCGGGAGUGCCGGCCACCGCCACCUCCGCCGAGGAGCCGGCAGAGGGCCCGGCCGGGCCUGUCCAGCGCCCGUGCUGUCUCCAGGACAGCCAGCUUCCGGAGGCGACCACAGAGGUGGCUACGGCCGGGGCCACCCUGUUCAGCCAGGCUGAGAACCCGCCGGCUGCUCAGGGAGAAACCGAGGUCCCCCUGUGUCCGCGGGGGGGAAGCCGGCGAUCUUGACGCCCGAGGGCCUGGCAGGGCCGCCCGCUGUGCUGAGAGUGCAGCGCGUCCUGGAAGGUGCAGGCCGGGUGUCCCUCCUCCGGCGGCGCAGACACAGCGGCGCCCGGUGGCCUGGCUCCCUCCAGAGGGGAGCGCGGCGCUCUGGCUGCAGAGCCUCGGGGAAAGGAAGGGAACCGGAGCGCCUCCGGGGACUUGGGCCACGCGGGAAGC